AUGACUGUCGAAUAUUGGAGGAUAACUUGGCAAUUUACACUACUGGUUAUCGCAACCGUAGCAGUUGCAACGUCUUCAGCGGAGUCGAACGCCGAUCUCCCCAACUGGGUGAGCCCAGUCAACGCAUCCGAGUCCGCUUGCUACCGCAAGACGUACCUGUCUACGAAGACCUGCGCUACAGGCUACGAGUCUGACCACAUUGCAACAUGUUGGGCGCAGUGUCCGCUGAACUAUCCUGUCGAGUGUGGAAUGGAGUGCAUCCCGCAGAGUGCGGACUGCACUUCAGAGGUGCUUACCAAGGUCAAAUCGGUGGCUACAGUGGCGCUUAAUGCUGCCACAGCAGGAGUCUUUGGACAAUUUCUCAAGGCGAGUGAAGCCAUCCAGCUCGGCGUCAAGUGCGGUCAGAAACUCUUCACUGCCACAAGCUCCCUUGUCAGCUACGUUAAGGAAUUACAGACCAAUGAAACUCAGAGCCAGCAGUUGAUCAGCUUGGUGAAUCAGUCGGAUCUCGUUGUGAACGAGCUACCUGCUGCUGUGUACACGUGCCUAAACAUCCCUGUCAACACCGACAACCUGGAAACGAGAGCUGAAAUAGCUAAUGUCGUCAAGCAAAUCGUUACAACAGCGAUCGAGGAUGGCACCUCGUUGCUCAAUCCGAGCAACUUCUUUGCAUUCAUUAAAGACCUCGGUGUCGACGAUUCUGUCCAAGACCUCGACCAGGACAGUCUGGCUCAGCUUCAAGAUGUCCUUACGUCUGGCGCUACAUGCGGCACAAAACUACAAGCGAUCAUCCACAAGGUGACGCAGUUCGUGGUCGACGCCAAAAGCGGAAACCCAGCCACCACUAUCAGCGCCAUUCGUCAGGCUUUGAGCGUCUCCGAACUCUUCCUAAGUGAUAUCCCGGCUGUGACAAAUAACUGCGUCCGAAACCUCACGGACGAUGCUUUCAGCACUCGCGACAGUCUGCGCACAGUCAUGAGCACGAUCACGGACGGCCUUGUGGAUGGCUCAGUGGACGACGAUGGGAAGUCGAUUUCGACGGUGGACUACCUCGCUAAGGUAGCCGACAUGGGUCUGGACGUCAUUGCCCUGUUUGAUCCGACGGGUAUUGCUGACAUGAUGUCAACGUUCAUUCAGCCGAUCUGUGGACCCACGGCGUUCAUGGGCGAGAUUGACGAUGGCUCUUUGGAUGAUGCACUGGCACUGACGACAGAAGGCUACGCUUUCGAAGGAAGUUACGGCACGUGGAACAAGGUUGGCGAUGGCAGUGUGACGGUCAUUUUCGAGAGCUUCGACUCGAAAGAUGUGACCGUGCAUAUUCACUCUGGUGGCGACAUGGUGGCGAAGGUGGACGUGGGAAGCGGCGAGACCGUAACUUGGAACUCGACGGUGAAGGAACUUCAGGAUAAGACGUUGUACAUGGACCGCUGGCGUGCGGGGCUUCUUGGUCUACCUGGAUCUGAUGGUGGAUCGCUGCUCAUGUGGGUGCCGCACUCGUCCGAAGGAGGAAAGAUCGUGCUGCACGUUGAGAUCCACGACGAAGACGACGACACCAGUGUGGACGGCAGUAACGAAGCAGGCGUCGAGCAGAAGGAUGGUAGUAACGAAGGAAGCGACGCUGAGAUCACAACGCCUGCCCCGGUGGCCACCAUGGGCGAGGACCAGAUCGAUCAGUCUUCGUUGUCUAGUAGCGGCAGCGAGGAAGAUAUUACUUUUCCGCCGACACCGACUGCCGCAGAGGAUGAUAGUGCUACACCUGCGCCAACCACGCUUGGAGAUGGAAGCGCAACCCCGUCACCGACGACUCCUAUUAGUGUAGAUCCGACCCAGCAGGGCAGCGAGGAUUCCUACUGUCAAAGCUAA